AUGCGGUUCCACGCAACCCGGCUCUCCCCCCUCCUCCACUCCCUAAAACCCUACACAGCCGAAUUCCUCGGCACCGCACUGAUAAUCGUCAUCGGCGACGGCGUCGUCGCCCAGGCCCUGCUGUCCGACUACCAGUACGGCACCUGGCUAUCCAUAAACCUCGCGUGGGCGGCCGCCGUCUGUCUGUCGGGGUACAUCUCCGACCCAAGCCCAACAUGUAACCCGGCAAUCACGCUCGUCCGCGCCUUGAUCCGCCCAGACCGCAGUGGCCAAGAAUGGAGGGCACUACCGGGGAAACUCCUCGCCCAAUUCCUCGGCGGCUUCGUCGGCGCGGCCCUCGUGUAUACGAACUACCGCUCCGCGAUCCUCGCGUGGGAUCCCGAGUACACGAUCCCCGGGGGUUCGAUCCUGAGUCCGCGCGGGCAUCAUUCAGCGGGCAUCUUCUGCACGUAUCCGGCUGCGUUCUUCAGUUCGAAUUGGGAGGCCGCGUUUAAUGAGGUCCUUGCAUCGAGUGUGCUCAUGUUUGGGGUGCUGAGUGUCAAUGAUCCGGGGAAUGCGAGGAGGUUUCCCGCGCCGCAGGUAGCGACUUUCUUGUUGCUUCUCGCCAUUGGGGCGGCGGUGGGGUGGCAGACUGGUUAUGCCAUCAACCCCGCCCGCGACUUCGGCCCGCGCCUCUUCUCAGCCUUCCUAUACGGGCACGAGGUGUUUACCGCAGCGAAUUACUACUUCGUUGUUCCGCUCAUUGCGCCCUUCUUCGGGUGCUUGGUUGGGGCGACGACGUAUGAUGUCCUUGUGUACGAGGGCGAUGGGUCGCGGAUUGCGGAUGCGUUGGGGAAGGAUGAGUUCCAAGAUGAAGAGGUGGAUGGAAGGGGAGAGUUGAGGCUGGAUUAG